AUGCCACUACGUGGAAAGCGGCUACGUGUGCGCUUUGCCUGUCAUAGUGCAUCUCUUACAGUCCGCAACCUUCUUCAGUAUGUGUCCAACGAACUGCUGGAAGAAGCCUUUUCUGUGUUUGGCCAGGUGGAGAGGGCUGUGGUCAUUGUGGAUGACCGAGGAAGGCCCUCAGGGAAAGGCAUUGUUGAGUUCUCAGGGAAACCAGCUGCUCGGAAAGCUCUGGACAGAUGCAGUGAAGGCUCCUUCUUGCUAACCACAUUUCCUCGGCCUGUGACUGUGGAACCUAUGGACCAGUUAGAUGAUGAAGAGGGACUUCCAGAGAAGCUGGUUAUAAAAAACCAGCAAUUUCACAAGGAGCGAGAACAACCACCCAGAUUUGCACAGCCAGGGUCCUUUGAGUAUGAGUAUGCCAUGCGCUGGAAGGCACUCAUUGAGACGGAGAAGCAACAGCAGGAUCAAGUGGACCACCGCAACAUCAAGGAGGCUCGUGAGAAGCUGGAGAUGGAGAUGGAGGCAGCACGCCAUGAGCACCAGGUUAUGCUAAUGAGGCAGGAUUUGACGAGGCGUCAAGAAGAGCUUCGGAGAAUGGAGGAGCUGCAUAACCAAGAGGUUAAGAAACGAAAGCAGCUAGAGCUCAGGCAGGAGGAGGAACGCAGGCGCCGUGAGGAAGAAAUGCGGCGGCAACAAGAAGAAAUGAUGCGGCGACAGCAGGAAGGAUUCAAGGGAACCUUCCCUGAUGCAAGAGAACAAGAGAUACAGAUGGGCCAAAUGGCUAUGGGAGGUGCUAUGGGCAUAAACAAUAGAGGAGCCAUGCCCCCUGCUCCUGUGCCAACUGGGACCCCAGCUCCUCCAGGACCUGCCACUAUGAUGCCAGAUGGAACUUUGGGAUUGAUCCCACCAACAACUGAACGUUUCGGCCAAGCUGCUACAAUGGAAGGAAUUGGAGCAAUUGGUGGAAAUCCUCCUGCUUUCAACCGUCCAGCUCCUGGAGCUGAAUUUGCUCCAAAUAAACGCCGCCGAUACUAA